AUGUACUUCUCCCGUCUCCUCCCGGCUGUGGCCCUAGGCUCAGUUCUAGCCACCGCAGAUAUCGUCACCUACUCCCCUCCAACCGAACCGGGCCUGUGCUACAGCAUCACCAUCCCCAAUACCACCACCGCCGCUGGCUCCGGCCCCAUCUACCUACAAAUAUCUGCCCCCGCGACUCUACAAUGGGUCUCCUUAGGCGAAGGCGCCCAAAUGGCCUCUGCGAACCUCUUCAUUCUUUGGGCCGCCUCUUCCACGGAAGUCACACUGUCACCGCGUUCCAGCUUGGACGGUGGCAAGAGUGAACCUCAAUACAACUCCCUUGCAAAUGUUACUCUCCUCGCCGGCUCGGGGAUUGACAACGGCAUUAUGACCGCCAACAUCCGCUGUGAUAACUGUCUCUCAGCCUGGCCAACUCCCGCUGCACCUCCUAGCGAUCCCAGUUCUGUAUAUACCUUGGACCCUGAGGGGACCUCCACACCUUGGUUUUGGGCUUCUUUUACUGGACCGUCCUUGAACGACCCUGACCCUUCGGCGGACCUGGCGAUGCAUGAUGAUUUAGGUUCCAUGCAACUCGACUUGAGUCAGGCACAGUUCUCUGCCGCGGAGGCUAUAACCGAUCCAUCAUACAGUCCCUUCCAAUAA